AUGGAUCUGAAUAUCUUGGUGAAAUCGUACAGUUCAGCAUUGGAAAAAUUGCUGCCCAUGUUACAGAAGAAGUCUAAAUACUCGUACAUCGGGGUUGCUAUCCUGUGUCUCGUGCUUAAACAAGCUUAUUCUUUAACCGUUCCUCCCAAAGCUUUAAGAUGCUUCCCAAAAAUAGGCGUUCUUACCAUGUUUAAGUCCAUGUAUUCCAAAGAGCCCGUUCUCGACAGAACUAAAAGAUUGGUUACUCCUCUUACCAACAAAGAUCAUAAAGCUUACAUUUCAAAGAUUCCUUUAAACUGGACCGUAUAUGUUACUGACCCAGUAGUUGCAAAAGCUCUCUUGAUGAAAUCAGACGCAUUUUUUCCCAAAUCUCAUGAUCUCUUAAAUCUACUUGGUGAUUCCAGCCCGUUGACUCAUUUUUUGGGCAUUGAAAGUGUCGCCAUUUCUAAUGGCGAACAAUGGAAGAAGCAGCGUAAGAUAAUGAAUCCGGCUUUUCAUCGAGCAAUGCCUGUCAAAACAUUCGGAGAAACUGCCUUGGACCUCUUUGCUCUGAUCGAUCAAGAUAGUAAUAACGUUCCAAUAACUGUGUUUAUGAAGAACUAUACUUUAGAUGCCUUGGGAAAAUCUGCAUUUGGUUUUGAUUUUCAAGCUAUGAAAGGUGACCCUGAAGGAUGGACGAAGAAGUACGAUAUCAUCGUUGCAAGUUUAUUUGGUCCCGCCCUAUUCUUCUUUGCGAAAUACGACUUUCUACUCAUGUACCUGUCGCCCAAACGUAGAAGAGUAAUGAAAGCAACUGUAGAAUUUAAUGAAAUGCUCGAAAAUUUGGCUGACAAAAGACGACAGGAGAUCCUUGAUGACAAAAUGCAGAAUAUUCCUGACAGCGAAAAAGACUUGCUAACCCUGAUGAUUGAGGCUGACCUUCAUGAAAGUACGAAAACAACGACAAAAGAACUCAGAGAAAACAUCGCUCUCUUCUUCUUGGCAGGACAUGACACUACAGCUAAUACUCUUGCAUUCUGCAUGUACAAUCUUGCAAAGAAUCCACACGUACAAAAGAAAGCGCGUGAAGAAAUCCUGUCUAUUCUUGGAGAUGAACCUGCUGACGUUGUCCCAACAAUGGAGGACCUGAAACAAAUGUCCUAUUUGGACAUGGUUCUCAAGGAAAAUCUUCGUCGUGAUGGACCUGUUGAUAAAUUGAUGAUAAGAGAUACAGCUAAAGACGUUAACUUAGCAGGAAUAUUUAUUCCUAAAAACACCAAGGUCAGUGUGGAUUUUGCAGCGCUUCACUUCAACCCAAAGAUAUGGCAUAAUCCUGAGAGCUUCAUUCCUGAGCGGUUUGAAGAAGGCGGUGAAUACGAUAAGCACGAAGGCUUGACUUGGGGCCCUUUCAGUGGUGGUUCAAGACAAUGUCUUGGCCUCAACUUCAGCUUAACGGAACAAAGAGUACUAUUGUCUAUGAUAUUAAAAAGAUACGAAAUCAGCAUCUCACGCGAUUCUGAACAUUAUAACCGUGUGAUUUAUGACCGAUACUUCAGCUUUGCUCCCAAGUCUUUGAAGUUGAUCUUUACGCGGCGUUAUUGA